AUGGCAACAACUCGGAAGACAGCGAUCAUCUCGGUCUACGACAAGACUGGUUUGCUUGAUCUUGCUAAGGGCUUGAUCAAACAAGAUGUCCGUCUAUUGGCUUCGGGGGGAACAGCAAAGAUGAUUAGAGAGUCUGGAUUUGCAGUCGAAGACGUCUCUGCAAUUACCCACGCUCCUGAGAUGCUGGCUGGCAGAGUCAAGACUCUUCACCCAGCCGUGCACGCUGGUAUCCUCGCACGCGAUCUCGCCUCGGACGAGAAGGACCUUGCGGAACAGAAUAUCAACAAGGUAGACUAUGUCAUUUGCAACCUCUAUCCAUUCAAAGAUACCAUCGCGAAGAUCAAUGUUACCAUUGCCGAAGCGGUCGAAGAAAUCGAUGUUGGAGGAGUCACCUUGAUCAGAGCUGCCGCAAAGAACCACACUCGAGUGACGAUAUUGAGCGAUCCUGCCGACUACUCUGGGUUCUUGGAAGAAUUGGAGAAAGGAGAGGUUUCAGAACGCAGCAGGAAUCUUUAUGCUUUGAAAGCUUUCCAACAUACUGCAGACUACGAUGCAUCGAUCUCGGACUUUUUCCGCAAGCAAUAUGCAAGUGACGGCUCUCAGCAAUUAGCACUUCGAUAUGGUGCAAACCCACACCAAAAGCCGGCUGCAGCUUUCGUCAAGACGGGUCCUCUGCCAUUUAAGGUCCUUGGAGGUAGUCCUGGAUACAUCAAUCUAUUGGAUGCUCUCAACGCAUGGUUUCUUGUCAAAGAGUUGAAGACAGCUCUGGGACAUCCCGCGGCGGCCAGCUUUAAGCACGUUUCCCCGGCCGGAGCCGCAAUUGGAGUACCACUGAGCGCCGAUGAACGCAAAGUCUGUAUGGUAGAUGAUAUCGAGGGUCUGGAGAAUUCUCAAUUGGCGCAAGCAUAUGCUCGAGCAAGAGGUGCCGAUCGCAUGAGCAGUUUUGGUGAUAUGAUUGCUCUUAGUGACAUUGUCGAUGUCCCAACAGCAAAAAUCAUCUCGAGAGAGGUUUCGGACGGUGUCAUUGCAGCUGGUUUUGAAGCAGCAGCUCUAGAAAUUCUCAAGAAGAAGAAGGGUGGCAAAUACCUUGUCCUUCAGAUGGACCCCGAAUACCAACCACCUGCGCAAGAGUCGAGAAUAGUCGGCGGUAUCACUCUGACCCAAGGCAGAAAUGACGUACAAAUCUCGCCCAAGUCCUUCACGUCUAUAAUCACACCCAAGGAUUCAGCUCCUCUGUCUGAUGCCGCUCUUCGUGAUUUAACAGUUGCUACUAUUGCACUGAAGUAUACGCAGAGCAACUCUGUCUGUUAUGCACUUAACGGCCAAGUAAUUGGUCUUGGUGCUGGACAGCAAUCUAGGAUUCACUGCACUAGACUUGCUGGCGACAAAGCAGACAACUGGUGGCUUCGAUUUAGCCCUCGUGUUUUGGAUAUCAAGUGGAAGAAGGGUAUUAAGCGAGCGGAUAAGAGCAAUGCUAUUGAUCUCCUGGUUAGCGGCGAGCUUCCAAAGAAGGGACCACAAAGGGAAGAAUAUGAAGCUUUCUUUGAAGAGGUCCCUGUUCCAUUCUCUGAGGAAGACAGAGAGGAGUGGCUUAACAAGUUGAGUGAGGUUGCUGUAUCAAGUGACGCUUUCUUCCCAUUCACAGACAAUGUCUACAGAGCAGCCCGAUCAGGAGUUAAGUACAUUGCUGCCCCAACCGGUAGUCAAAAUGAUUCGGCUGUUUUCGAGACCGCUCAGACGCUUGGUAUUACCUUUAUCGAGCAAAGCAUUCGUCUGUUCCAUCAUUAG